AUGUUUCUCCAAAGAGUCUUCGCCGUCAUCGUCUUUCUCGCCGCCACCAUAUUCUUCUUGGCCUUCGCAUCUCCUGUGGUUUCUCCAUCGCCUGUUCCGAAAAGUGUACCAGCAGGUCUCGCCAUCCUCAAACGGGCCACAACACCCGACAACGGCACCCUCACAUGGUACGGCCAGGCCGUAGACGCCACUCCACACAGGAACGAAACCACCGCCUAUAAAGGCCUCAACUGCCGCAACGAUCAGCUUGAACUCACUUGUCGGGACGAUUUUGCCGCCAGCCGCGAUGCCUGCCUUGACGUCACAAACACACUCACAGACGAUAAGUUCAUAAAGGACACGCGUUUUAUUUGUAAAACUGACAACAAGGGCGACCAGCGUUGUAUAUCCUGGCAGGAUGGCGUAUCUGAGGGCGAGCAGACAACACUCAAGGGCCCGGCAGAACAGCUGAUUGUUCACUGCCGAUUUCUUAGGGAUGGGAAAUACAUGUGUUUGAGUAAUAGGCCUCAUGGCUGUGCGAAGAGGAACGAGGUGGCAUAG